AUGGGCAGCGUGGAAGGGCCCGCGCAUCCCCGGCCCAGAAACCUGGCCCAAGCCCUGAGCGAAAGCACCCGCACCGUACCGCCGAGCAAAUGUGUCGCCAUUCAACGUUAUGUGCACCUGGCUCGCACGCUAGUCAAUCAGGCCAGCAAGUACGAGCACGUGGGGAACCAGGAACAGCAAUACGUGAUGUUGUUGCGUUUCGCGAGCCUCAUUGUAGAGACAAUUCCGCAGCACCCAGAUUUCCAUGGCAAGGACAAGAUGUAUGCAAGAAUGAAGCAGCAACUGGCCAAUUACUACCUCCCAAAGUUGGAGUCUCUGAAGGUUGCACUCUCACAACAGCAAAUCACGGACCAACGCCCUCAGCCUGCCCAUCCGUACCCUGAGGGUGUCCACCAGAUUGGCCUAUCAAACCUCCCUGGACUCAAUUGGGGUGUCGGAGGGACAACACCUGCCUUUCCAGCUGCCCCUGGCCUUCCCAGUCAAGGACAAAUGGCUGCCAUCCCUGGGCAGCCUGGUGCUGGGGGAAUGGCACCCCCGCCAGAAAUUACAAUAAAUUCCACCCAUGCCGCCAGGAGUACCACCAUGAACCGGCACGACCUCAUGGGCAACUCAUACAACAGGGGCAGCGCAUUGGCAGGUGCUGCGGCUGUGGGGACAGCUGUUGUAAGCCCACUUAUUGGAGUGCAGUACCCUGCCGUUGAUGUGCCUUCAGCUCCCAUCGAUGUGCCGUCAGCUCCUAUGCUGCCGUCCAAUGAUGGGCCUGUGCCCUCUGCUCCUGUCCUGGAUGGCCUCGUUGAACAGCAUUCUCUGAUGGAUUCUGCACCAAUGCACUACCCCGUGGGCAUUCCUGCAUCAAAUGCAGUCGCUCCUAGGCCACAUUUGGAGCUCCAGCUUGGGCCUCAGCAGAUGCAGGUGCAGACUCUGCCAGCACCUGUGUCGGCAGAAUUUAUGCAUCCCAGGACCGAUUUCCUAUCCCAAAAUCUCAGUCCCACAGGAAGGCAUGAUGGCCACAGAGAGGUACACAUAUCCCAAGAGAUGCUGGAAGUGUUCUUGCAGUUUGCAGCGACGAACACACAAUUGAGGAUCGAAACUUGCGCCCUCCUAGCUGGUGAGCUCAUAGCAGAGCAAGGCCUCCUCCGCAUCACAAAGCUGAUAUUUCCAAAGCAGAAAGGCCACACAGACCGUGUGGAAAUGAUGAAUGAGGAGGAGAUUGUGGACGAGGUGCUUGGAGAGGACCUCAUCAUGAUGGGCUGGAUCCACACCCACCCCCAGUUCGAUUGCUUCUUAUCGUCGAUCGACGUGCACACAACGAUGAGCUAUCAGAUCAUGCUGCCAGAAGCGGUGGCAAUCGUGAUGGCGCCAAAAGAUCAGCGGCGCAAGUGUGGCAUCUUCAGGUUAACAACGCCUGGUGGAAUGGAUGUGAUCAAAACCUGUAAUCUACGGGGUUUUCACACACACCAGGCACCAUCGACUGGGCAGGAGAUUUAUGAGGUGUGCCAACACGUGUACCUGAAUCCUCGGUUGAGAGUCAGCUGCAAAGAUUUGCGUUAG